AUCAAACAGGACCUGCGAGUCUUAAAGAAACGGAAACAGGCCCUGCAAUGGUACAGUGAGCUAGGUGCGUUCUCUCGAAGAGAUAUCAUUACGAAUAUCUACUACGACUGGUGGACAUUGAGGAAAUAGCUAAUCCCAAUGACAGAAAAACGCAACCUCAUCUCUCCGUGGUAUUCAUUUGUAGGACACGUGCCCAAGCAUCCCAAUGAAGAAUGCAUCUGGUCGCGGGAAAAGAGUUAUACAUGGCAAGAAACGCACGAUCGCGCUAUCCAAUGGGCGCAGUUCUUCCUGUCCAAGGGCGUAACCCCAGGUGACAUGGUCGGCACGUAUUUGAUGAACUCCGCGGACUUCCUAGUGAUAUGGCUGGGACUAUUCUGCAUCGGAUGCGCUCCUGCAAUGUUGAAUUACAAUCUCAAAGGCGACGCCCUCAUCCACUGUCUCAAGAUUGCUGGGGUGAAGUUGGUGCUUGUCGACGUCGACCCGGAAUGCCGCGAGAGGUUCGAAGCAAGCCGUGACAGAGUCGAGAAUGAGUUGAACGUUACGCCGUACUUGGUCGACGACGAGCUGCUAUCGUCUAUAUACGCCGGCAAAGUAGAAUUGCCAGGUGAUGAGUUCCGAGCGCGAGUGACUGGACCUUCCCCAUCUUGUCUGCUCUACACAUCCGGCACCACGGGGCUCCCAAAGGCAGGCAUGUACACCAUUGCACGGUUCCACGAGCGCGGGAACCCAGAAAACCUUUCCUUCGAUCAGAAGGCCGGACCGGACGGCGACAGGUGGUACUGCUGUAUGCCUUUGUUUCACGGCACAGGCGGGCUUUCCACCAUGGGCGCGCUCACAAGCGGACUAUCCGCUGCGGUAGGUCGCAAGUUCUCCGUGUCCACCUUCUGGAACGACAUCCACGACUCCCGGUCCACCAUCUUUGUCUAUGUCGGCGAGGCCGCGCGUUACCUCCUCAUGGCACCUCCCCACCCGCUCGAGCGUGACCACCCACGCCUACGAGGCAUGUUUGGCAACGGCAUGCGGCCAGACGUCUGGGCGAAGUUCAAAGACCGCUUCGACGUCCCGGAAGUCAUUGAAUUCUUCAAUUCGACGGAGGGCGUUCUCGCCCUUGUGAUCCAUUCGAAAGGACCCUUCACCGAAAGCUGCGUUGGACAACACGGCCUCGUCCUCCGGCGUCUUCUGCAUGACACCCUCGUGCCCGUGGCCAUCGACGCGGAAACAGGCGACCUUCUCCGGGACCCAGAGACCGGCUUCGUGAAGCGGAACUCGUACACUGACGGCGGCGAGAUCCUCGUCAAUGUGCCCAGCGAGGCGGCCUUCGCUGGCUAUCACAACAACCCGACCGCGACGGCGAAGAAAUUCGAGCGCAAUGUCUUCAAAAAGGGCGACUUGUACUACCGCUCCGGAGAUGCCCUUCGCCGCGACGACGACGGCCGCUGGUUCUUCCUCGAUAGGCUCGGUGACACGUACCGCUGGAAAUCUGAGAACGUGUCCACCGCUGAGGUUGCCGAAGUAUUGGGACGUUACCCCGGAAUCUCGGAGGCGAUGGUGUACGGUGUGCUUGUGCCCCGACACGACGGGAGGGCAGGCUGCGUGGCAUUGAGGUUCGACUCCGCCGUUGCGUCGGCUGAUACGUUCGACUGGACUGCGUUUCUGGCGUACGCAAGGAGCAAGUUGCCGAGAUAUGCGGUGCCUCUUUUUGUGCGCCUUGUGUCUGAGUCCAGUCGGACAGACAACCAGAAGCAGAACAAGAGUCCGUUGAAGGACGAGGGGAUCGAGCUGGAGAGGUACGGCGAGAAGGUAGCUGAUGGAAAGACCGAUGUCGUGCUUUGGGUUAGGCCUGGCGGGGAAACACACAUAUAUACGCGCACAUAGUAGAACCGUGGAAGCAUUUGUCCAAUUUAACAACGCCAAUCUGCAAAGGCCCGGCCAC